AUGCGACAGUCCAAUUACGGCGGCGUGUGCACCUACGGCCUCAACAAUCAGGCCGGAUACAUGUUCGAGCGCAGUCAGAGCGACUUGCGGCAGCGCCGUUUCGGUCGUGCGCGAGGUAUAACGGGUCCAAGCGCCGUGAAGAGGGCCCGCGACCAGCAGGACAGGACCAGCGACGACCUCGUGCAGGAGCGCUACCCCCCGCAGCAGCAGCACCGACCCGACCGCCGCGCAGUGCUACUGAACGGACUGAAGCGGAUGCGCGUGUCGUCGCCUGCCGAGUCGCCGCUCACGAGCGACGUGGACUCGGACAUGACGGACGAAGAGGCUGCGACGCCGCGGACCACGUGGCGCGCGCACAAGGCGCUGGUCCCUGCGGCUGCGUACGGAACACAGCCCGCGCGGCGGUCGUUGCAGUACGCGACGCGAGCUGUGGGUGAGCAGCCGUGGCACGUGAAGCAGCUGAUGGCGACGGGAAGCGGCUGGCAGGACGACUCGUGUCGAGCGAUGGUGGUGUUCAACCCGUACCAGUCGGCGGCGUUGGCUGCUCCGGCAGCGCGUGUGGAGCUGGUGGAGGACAGUGACAAGUUGGCGGACGGUGGGGACUCGACGUCGGAGAGCAGCGGUGAGGACCACGCGGUGCGGUUCGAGGAGCUGUCGUCGGAUAAUGACGAGCCAGUGGACAUGGACAUUGACGACUGA